CACACCUUCCAAAGGCCAGCCCAUCUUCCCCCGAGGUGCAGAAGACCAUCCACGAGCUAGGCAAGGGUGCCCUCAGAGCAGAGAUCAGAUCUUGUUGAGAAGGACACCGGCGUGCCAUCCAUACCAUUGACCCGGGCUCAGAAGACUGACACCGAGAAUGGCCACCGCGAGCACCUCUGGACAGAGCCCCUUUGGGCUGGGACGCAGGAAGAGGUCCCCAGGGCUCCUGGAUCAGAUCAGCAAGUUCUUCGGAGGGGAUAAGAAGAAAAGGGGCAAGGGUUCGUUGAGAGGUCACCUCUCCUCUUCACCCCAGAGACCUCUGCACUCCUCUACCCGACGCCGUGGUGAUGUGAACCCUGUGCUGCACUUUUUCAGGAGCUUUGUGUCCCCUCCUCGUCCCAAGUCAAGGUGGAGGGAUCUCUUGGGUCUGGCUUCAUCAUCACCUCGUGGCUCAGAGAGCAUCAGAUCCCCGCACAGACGGCGUAGGGACCAGAACACACUCUCCAGAAUCUUCAGCCUGGGAGAAAGCAGAUCUCGCUCUCCCCCCAAACGCUGGAGCACCAUCUUCUGAGCCCACCUCCGACGCGAGAGAGAGCCGGGUGGAGGAGCGAGGAGAGAAGGAUGAGGAGGAGACGGGGAGCGCCGAAGCCGAGUGCGCCCGCCCCACACACUCACAUGUCACUGAGUUUAACCGACUAACACCGGCCACCUCCGCCCGUUAGACAGAGAUGCAAUCCUGGUAUCUGAAAUUAGACGCCUGCAGGGUUCCAAGGGGACCGCGAGAAACACCGCGCAUGCCAAAGUGCUUUUGAGACGUUAGACGGUUAUUCAGAUCUUGUUAGACUUCUUUCUCAUUGUCUUUCACUGUUUCUCCUACUCAUUGAACACAUAUGCUUUUGAAUGAUUAGGAAAAAAAACCUCAGCAGAGUGUGCCAGAGCAGCAUAAAUUAUUGCCUAAAAAUUGAAUCUCUUACGCUCGGUCUGACUCUAGCAGCAGCUAAGAUGGCCAUCCCAUACUUGAUUUGAUCCUGACCGUAAUGCGUUGCUGUUGUCUGCGACGGCACUCUGUCAUUGGCACUUCUGUCCCAUGGUGUCUAGAGUAGUUUCAUCCCUGAAAUGUUGAGCUGUAUCUUUUAAGGCAUCAAAUCUUGCAGUCAGCACUCUGUUUCAUCAAAGCUUGCUUUCACCGUUUCCAUUCUUGGCCUUUUAUUUCUCUGUUAUCAUAUUUGAAGUGUAUUUGCCUUCGACGUGUUACUCAGUGUCUGUGCAGUGAUCUCUAAUCUGUGUAACACAGUGAGGAACCUUCCCCAGAGCAUAGUGUUUUCAUGUGCAGCGUAUUUGUGGAAAUCUGCGUGUUCUUCAUAGUUGUAAAGUGUUGUGAUAUGUACAGUUUGUUUCUUCUAUGUCGACGUGUGCAUAUAAGAUGUUGAGUGGUUUUUUUUAGCUACUUUUGAAGGUUAUUAUCUACUUUAACAGUCAGUAUUGUAUAUUGAUAAUGUGAUAUCAUUUUUGAAAUAUUAUUUGAUUAUUAAACAGGGGGGAAUUAAAUUUACAGUUACAAUAAAUACUAAAGUUGAAGUCUUUUAAGUUCGGAUUGAGAAUGAUUGCCCUUAGAUUGCACUGAUGGAGUAAAAUGCUAACCAUGACCAUUUAUUUUAAUGUCUUAGAAGAAGUAUGCAAAAAUGCUAUAUUGUAAAUGCUUCAUAUAUUUACUGGGAAAAAAAGUAUUUAUUCUUGAUUAAUUAUGAGUGUAUAAUAUAUUCCAAAGAGGAGAGAGGUGGACAUCUGAAACGGCGGGGUUUGACGCUGGGAGCGAAAGUGUGGGAUGGGGACAGAAAGUAGAAAAUGGGUCGGAGAAAGCCGACGUAAGGGAAGCAUGGAAGAGAGACGCAGACUUCACUUAGCCCAUGUGAUGUAUAAGCUAUUGUUUAUAAUGUGUCCUGAUACUGUGUAUUGUUUUGUGUCUUGUAGACCAAUUAUGUGUGUGCUGUUCCUGAUUGAGUGCUGAAUACACAAUAAACGCCAGUUAAACUCCCCUUCAGGGCUGGAUAUAUCCCAAAUGGUGCUAAAGAUUUAUACGGCGGAGAAUAUUUUAGUGGCAAAGUUUCCAGUUUACAAUGUGUAAUACUUUUAACGAUCACACAAUAAGUAACAACAAAUAAAGACUCCUAAAUGUAUUUAUCUA